UGCAGGUUCUGCCUAGAAUUAUUUAUCGGUGAAAAUGGUCAUCUGAUUGAAACUUGCCAUGGUUUUAGGCGGCGUGCCAAGAACCAGGACCAUACCUGGAUUGAUGGUACCUUGAAUGAUAUUCUCGUCCCUGUUGAGACCUUUCACCUCCAGGGUGUGUCUCAAGAUGUCAUCAAGCAUGACCAAAAAUUUGAUUUUGAACGUUUUCCGGUUGUCCUGGAGCUAUGCCGUCAAGCUGGGGCCAAUGUAUAUGAUGAAUGCCUGUACAAAAGCAGCUCAACAUCAGACAAUGGGAAAAAUUAUAGUGUCAUUGCUGAGUCCUUGUCACGGCCUGAGCUAACAUCAGUGGCGAAGUUAACUUUGGAGGCAUGGGAGAGGCUUAGAGCAGGUGUCCAGAAAUUAUUGUUGGUUUAUCCAGCAAAGGUCUGCAAAUGUUGUUCAGAAGUUCAUGUUGGACCCUCUGGUCACAAGGCACAGAUUUAUGGAGUGUUAAAGUAUGAGGGUCGGCGGGGUACCCAUAUAUGGAAGAAGGCCAAAGUAGAUGAUUUGGUGCCUCCCAAUGUCGUUUGGCGGCAGCGGCCUCAGGAUCCCCUUCUGCUUCUGGAUAAUGGAUGGGAUUUUUAUGGUCAUGCUCCGGCUGUGAUUGAGCUGUGCCUGCAAGCUGGGGCAACUAUACCUGUCAAAUAUUUCUGUAUGAUGAAGAUACAAGGUUUACCACCACCCUUUGAUUAGCAUAGGACAGAAAAGCUCCCAUUUAGGCUUUGUUCUCUUAAGGCUGUGUUGAAGCUAUUCACAAAGAGAUUAAUAGGCUGAUCUCGCAUGGGUGCGAUCAAUUCAAUCUACUUCAAUCGAUGGCAUAAUGUACAUUAGAUUUCCAACUGCUACUGUAUCAACUCCUUUGGCUGCACCAGGAUUGCUCCAAGUCAACAUUGAGUUUUGGCUGUGGCUGUAAAAUAGCCUUAGCAUUGAGCGAUUUGAUUUAAGACCAUCUUUAGUUUUAUAGUUCAAUAAUUACACCAUCUUAACAAUCAAGUUAUGCAACUCUUCAGUAGCAUUGGAGUCUUACAGGUCUAGUCAAGUGGAGGCUUGGGUUUCCUGUGGAUGUAAACAUAUCAUGUAUGUUCAUUAACAUUUGAUUUUAUUAUGA